AUGAGUUCAAUUACAAAAAAAGUAUUUAAUGUCGAUGGUAUGACAUGUCAAUCAUGUGUUAAAAAUAUUGAACGUAAUGUUGGCAAGAUGGACGGCGUUAAAACAGUUGUGGUAUCAUUAAAUGACAAAAACGCAUCCGUUGAAUUCGGUAGUGACAAAACGACGGAACAAGCUAUAAUCGAAAAAAUCACUAGCCUAGGAUUUCAAGCUAAAUUAAAAUAA